UGAUUUACAGGUCUGUCUCAGAAGUGGUCUAUGUAAUUGAUUCUGAUCAGUGUUCAGCCUAGUCAUAGUCUUGCUUCACCUUGUGAAUCGUAAGCAUGCUGAGCAUCUGUGACCACAGCUUUAUAUCCUCCUGUAUCAAAUCAGUGUAUGUUUUUAAUUUUCCUUGCUUGUCUUGCACCCCAUUCUCUGCUGCUUCUUGAAUAUCUAGGUCCUCAUCCCAGAGUAAUGUCAACCCUAUGUUCUGAAGCCUGUAUUUUUCUUUGGCUAACUCUGAAAUGCCUGCAUUUUUCUGUAAGACAGUGUUUCUUCAGUUAAAAAAACUUUUUUUGCUCCUCUGGAGUAUGUGCAGAUUUCCGUUUCCAGGGCAGCUGGAACGAGAGGCACUGUAGUUACCAGUUUUAGUGAUCACUGAAUUUAGCUCCUGUUAAAUUGAAGGUCAUGAGCAGCUUUCUAGCUGUCACUUCACUGUAUUUGCAGGCAGAAAUUGCAGUUACUUCCCACCUUUCUGUCUUGGGCAAGGUCAACUUCUUCUGGGCAAUGCUACUUGCUUCCUUCUCAGUUUGCAGUCUCUUUGGACCUUGCUGGGAACUCUGAGAAACCCUGCUCUCAUCUGAACUACAUCAGAGAUAUUCAGAGGGGGCAUAACUGUGCCAUCUGAUGUAAUGCUCUUUUGUCUCCUUCAUUUCUUCUGUCUGGCUCGCAAUCUCUUUUGUCCAGGAAAGGAUAUAGUUGCCACAAAGAUGCGCAUACUGCUAAGGAUAUUUUAUGACUGACAUUUUAGAUAGCUAGGGAUUUACACAUUUGCUUUCACAAUCUUAAUGCACUUCUGCACUAAAUUGAUCAAAAAUUGCUGUCCGAAGCUGCGGGAACCAUCUCAGAUAAUGUACAAAGAACACAUUUUUAUUUCCACACAGAUCUUAACCAGGAAUUGGUGAAAGGAAGCACCACUGGCUGCUCUGUGCUGGCACCUCUCCCACCAGAGGCAGUAACAGGAGGUUGCUGGAGGCAGCGCUGCUGCUCCCAUGACAACCGCUUUGUUGCCUUCCCUGCUGCACUGGCCCGCCUCCUGGGAUAUUUAGUCGCACUUUUAAAAAGAAACCAUGCGCUGCUGCUGUGGAGAUACAGGCUGGAAGGCAGCUGGGAGGAAACCCCUGCUCGUGAAAGGGAGUUGAAGACGUGGCACUUAGCCAAGGUUGGACCCUGGGAGCCAUGUCAGCCUACAAGUUCAUGAGGCAGAAAGGGGAUUGUUUUAAGGGUGAAUCUUAAGAUGUUAUCUGCUGAAGUGUGUGUAAAGCUGUGUGUUGCUGAGGAGCAGCUGUGAGCUGGGGUAAGAAAUUGUCUCAGGAGCGCUGGAUGAACAUAGUGCAAGAAUAGGAAAAUUGAUAAUCAAACUGUUGUGACUUUGCAUAGAUCUGGGGCAUUGUUUUCACUCUGCAUUAAACCCAUGUUCCCAGUAUGCUUUGUUCUGCUUCAGCCCUCCCUAGGCUUUUCCAUUUCCUCAUUUACCUGCUGUAUUUCCUCCUCCACCUUUUUUUUUUCCCCCUAAUGACCAUUACAUUUCUUUUUUACAACCUAAAGUUCAUUCAUGUCUCCAGCCAUAUUCUUAAAAGGUGUUUAAUUCUCCAAACUGUGGGAGAUUAUAUUCUGUAUUUGUUCACUUUUUAUCGAUUUUCUGUGAUUGUCUGUUUAGUAAUUCCAUCCUUCCUUACGCCUCCUUUCACUUCUCCCUCCUAUGGCAGAUAGCCCAUCUUUUCCUCUUAGUUCACUUUCAACCCUCUCCUCCUAGCUUCCAUUCUCAAAUUCUUCUGUUUCUUAAUUCUCCCAUUCCAAACUUUUCCUCCUGCACCUUAGCAAAGUCUUGGAGAGCCCUGUGCAAGAAGUCUUUUCUUUUCAUACCUGUGUCAUUCUGCAGGUGAAAAAGGCAAAAAUUUUUCUCACCCUUAUGUACCUGCGUUUUUCCCUUCUUGUUUCUGCAGCCAAAUGUAAUGCUAUUCCUGUUUCCAGGUUCCACAUCCCAAGAACUGACCUGUGUUAUUACCAGAAACUUUCUACAAAACAAUGGCCAGACUGUUGCAAGCUCCACGCAAAUUUCAUCCCUCAGAAUGGGACACUGCAGCUAGGGUGCAGUGUGCCAGUACAGAGUCUCUGAAAUCAAGAUCAGAGCGCAUGAUAGCUGAGAGUCAGAGGCUGCUGGAUGAAAUAGAAAAGACAACUCAGAAAACCCAAAGCGAUGUCAACAAGAAACUAGAGCAGAGACAGGAAGAAAUAAAAUUCUGGAAGCAAGAAUUAAAUAACAAACUUGAAGAAGUUGUGCAUGAGACAGAGUUACUGUUAACAUUCAGGACUCGCCUGGAGAAAUCAUUGGAGAGCUGCAAAGAGCCACUUGUCAUUGCCCAAAAAUGUCUCCUGAACAGACUAAACCGUUCAGCAAAAUAUAACCUGGAAAUGGAUCUGAAGGACAAGUUCACGGCUUUGAUGAUUGAUGGUUACUGUACUAGCUUGACAAACAACACUCCUGAUACCAGAUACACUAAUAAUGCAGCGAGAACAGAAGGAAAUUUUGUUAGCCCUGAAGACUGGAUAGAUUUCUCAAAUAUAAAUGUUGAAAAGGCUGACAAGCAGCGAAACAAUUCUCUGUCAUUAAGGGUGCUUAUUGAUGGCAUCCUCUCACAGACAGCGAAUGACAUACGCAAGCAAUGUGAGAGGGUGAAUGCUGCGUUUAGAAAUAGGGUGAAGGAAGUCAGGGAUGCCAAGCACAAGCUAGAGACACUCCUUGCAAUGGUGAUGGAUGAGACUGCCUCACAGGAGAAGAACAUUGCAGCCUUAAAGCAAGCAAUUGCUGAUAAAGAAGGACCUGUUAAAGUGGCUCAAACCCGCUUGGAAGCAAGAAACCAUCGCCCCAAUGUGGAAUUCUGUUAUGACACAGUGCAAUACAGGCUGAUAAGUGAAGUUGAAGAAAUUACAAGAAAUAUUCAAAGGUUACAGGAUGCACUAGGAGAGGCUGAGACAGAGCUGAAAGCUCUGAGCCGACAACAGCUUUCCUUGGAGGAGGAGAUCAAGGUGAAGGAGAAUACAUUGUACAUCGAUGAAGUGCUCUGCAUGCAAAUGAGGGAUUCUGUUAACAUUAACAACUUCUGAAGCCAUCACACUGGGAGAUUGUGUGUUCUCCAGAGAUUCAUUUCCUGCUGAAAUUUUAUUGACAAACCUCCAGAUUUAUUGGUUUGGCUCAAUGCUGUCCUGGUUCUAGUUGUGCAAGAUAAUUAAAACACAUCUAGUACUUACAGCUCUCUGUUUUACAGCUAUCUAUGCUCUAGAACACCUGAUGAAAUCUGCCACUUGGUAAUAAGAUCCCAGAAUCAGAAGAAA